AUGGCACAACAAGCAGGCCGAUCGGCGGCAGCUGCCGCAUCACGUUUUACAUCAAGUAAAGUUGAUUGGAAUCGUUUGAUGAAAUUAAGUGGUUCAAAUACAACAACUGCAUCAAAUCUUCAAGCUAAAUGGAGUCAAUCAGCUGUUAAAAUGAAUGCUUUAUCAGAUGCAUUACCUAAAAUUGAUUUUAGUAAUUAUCGAAAAAUGGUAGCAGAUCCAACACUUGUUGAUAAACUUCAAAAAGAAUAUGAAAAUGCCCAAAUUGCAUAUCCAAAAGAUUCGGCUAAUCGAAUGAAAGAACUUGAAGAAUAUGCAAAGAGUGAGGAAAAACGUGCACAAGAAUUUGUUCAAUUAGCUGAAGGUGAAGUAGAAAAAUUACGAAAAGAAUUUGAUCGUUGGGAUAAUGUACCUCCAGCGGAUGAAGUCACUUAUGAAUUAGCUUCUUUUUAUAUGCCAGAAGCUGUUUUUCCUCGUGUUUGGGAUAAAGAUGAACAUGAUAAAUUGAAAGAUAUACAAUUUUUACCAUAUGAAAAACGAGAUUCAUUACGUUGGUGGGUUGAACAAGGUGGUGAAUUAUUACCACAUAAACAUGAAUGGGUUAUGCCAGAUGAAGCACUCGAUCCAAUUGGCGCUCCUCCACGACCAAACAAGGCAGUCACUGAAGGUGGACAUGGACAUGGUGAUGCGAAAAAAAUCAGUGCUGGAGGCAAACAUUAA